AUGGCAGAGCCUGCUCUUCUCCCCGCAGCCCGGAUGGAGAGGCUCACCAUGGCACCUCUGGUCUCCCCGUGUCUCCGGAUCCCACGAGCUCACAUCGCCAGGCAGUCAGGGCGCUGUGCUGGGCGCUGGGCAGAGCUGGGCAGCAGCUCCAACUCAUCCUCAGGCCAAAUGAAUGGGCUUCCCCAGAAGAUGCCCCCACAGCCGCCCCCUGCCCACUGCGCCCACUCCCGGCUGUCCUCAGCAGAAAGCUUAUCCAUGGACGGCUUCUGGAUGGAGGUGGAACGGAUCCAACAGCGGGACGAGCGGAAAGAAGACGAUGGUGGUGGGGGUGAAGGCCGGCUCCCUGAGGAUGGAGAAGCCGAAUCCCAGUGGCUGCAGGACACAGGCCUGUGGGGUCUCCUUGGUGGCCUGGAUGAGAAUGGAGACCACCAGAGGCUCUUGUCCACCCUCACACAGACCCAGGUGGCUGCUGUGUGUCGUCGCCUGGACAUCUAUGCCCGCUCAGCCCGAAGACGACACAAAGCGCCUGUCAGAGAUGUCAGGGACAUCUUUGGAGUCUUCGACUCAGGGGAAAUCUCUUCAGAGACUGAGGAGUCGGAAAUUAAAUGGGCCCCGCUCAACUCCAGGCUCUGCAAGUCUCCUCCAGCAGCAGAGCCCGAGGGACCACAGGAGCGGACUGGAGAGGUAGAAACGUUCAGCAUGGACUCGGCCUACUCGGAACAAUUGGCAGUGCUCCUGCAAACGGGCAGACCACCCCCCAGAGGCACCUGUGCCCGGGCCAAAAGCUCCCUGCCGAAGUUUAGAAUCCCCAAGGGCAGACUUGGCGUGACGAGGAUAGGGGACCUGUCCCUGCAGGACAUGAAGAAGGUCCCCCCACUGGCCCUCAUAGAGCUGACGGCGCUGUGUGACGUGCUCGGCGUGGACCUCAAGCGAGGCAAGGCCAGCAAGCGCAGAGCGACAGAAACUCGCCUUUUUGGAGUGCCUCUUGAUGCCUUGCUAGAAGCUGACCGCAAAAUCCACCCCAGUGCCCAGGUCCCUCUCUUCCUGCAAGCUCUGCUGUCCUGUUUGGAAAAGAGAGGACUGGACACAGAAGGCAUCCUCCGGGUUCCGGGAUCCCAGGCCAGGAUCAAGGGCCUGGAACAGAAGCUGGACAGGGACUUCUAUGCUGGCUUGUUCUGUUGGGAUGAAGUUCAUCACAAUGACGCAUCCGAUUUGCUCAAAAGGUUCAUCCGGGAGCUCCCGGCACCUCUGCUCACUGCCAAGUACCUGCCAGCCUUCACAGUGAUUCCCAACAUCCCUGACCUGAAGCAGCGCCUGCAGGCCCUUCACCUGCUCAUCCUGCUGCUCCCAGAACCCAACAGGAACACCUUGAAGGCACUCCUGGAGUUCCUCAGGGAGGUGGUGGCCCGGGAACAGAGCAACAAGAUGACGCUGUGGAACGUGUCCACGGUGAUGGCCCCCAAUCUCUUCCUGCACCAGGGGCGGCCCCCCAAACUCGCCAAGGGCAAGGAGAAGCAGCUGGCUGAGGGGGCCGCUGAGGUGGUGCAGAUGAUGGUGCAUUAUCAGGACCUGCUGUGGACGGUCGCUUCCUUCUUGGUCGUCCAGGUGCGCAAACUGAAUGACAGCAGCAGCCGGCGCUCCCAGCUCUGCGACAGGGGCCUCAAGACCUGGCUGCGGAGGAUGCACGUGGACCGCGACAAGGCGGAGGAGGGGUCGGGGCCGACUCCCAAGGUGGUGAAGAUCCAGGUGGCCCGGCCAGCCAAGGGCCCCGUGGAAGUCCUCCUGACCCCCAGCACUACGGUGGCCCAUGUGCUGAGGCAGUUCUCAGAACAUGGUCGCCAUGGGCCGCAGAGCGGAGAGGCCAGGACGGAGACCCACAACCCCCUUCUGUGCUACAGGCCCAAGGAGUCAGCUGACAUCCUCCUCUACGAAGUUGGAGGGAAUAUCAAUGAGCAUCGCCUGGACCCGGAUGCCUACCUCUUAGAUCUGUACCGUGCCAACCCCCUCGGCGAGUGGGUCAUUAGACAGAGUCCCACCUAA